AUGGCAGAGGCUCUGCCCGAAGCCACAGUGAGGAGGAAGAAAAGCAUAACUAUCGAGGAGAAAAUCGACAUCAUAAGCGCUGUGGAAAGCGGCAAGAAAAAGGCGGACAUUGCAGCCAAGUAUGGCAUCAAGAGGAACUCCCUGUCUUCGAUUAUGAAGAAUAAGGAAAAAGUUUUGGAAGCCUUUGAAACUUUGCGGUUUGAUCCUAAAAGGAAAAGACUGAGGACUGCUUUUUAUGCCGACCUGGAGGAUGCAUUGAUGAAGUGGUACAGAAUUGCACAGUGCUUGAAUGUGCCGGUCAAUGGCCCCAUGUUGCGCCUCAAGGCGAAUGAUUUUGCCCAGAAGCUUGGACACAGUGAUUUUAAAUGCAGCAAUGGCUGGCUCGAUCGUUUCAAGUCGAGGUACGGUUUAGUUUUCAGAGCUCAGCCUGUAGAAGCAGCUGCCUCUCCUGCAGUGGGUGCUCCAACUCCUUGGUACCAAAAUGUGCUUCCUUGUAAUUUAAAUGAUUAUCAGCCAAAAAAUGUGUUUUACAUACAGGAGACUGGGUUGUUGUAUCAGAUGUUACCACAUAACACGUUUACAUUUAAAGGGGAAACUUUUUCUGUAAGCAAAGAAAGCAAAGAGAGCGUGACUGUAGUGGUGGGUACAAAUAUGGAUGGCUCUGAGAAACUCCCACUGCUCAUUAUAGGAAAAAGCAAAAGUGCACACUCUUUCAAAGAUGUGAAAUCGCUGCCAGUGGAUUAUGAAGCAAAUGAUAGGGCGUGCAUGACUUCAGGAAUCUUUGAACAGUGGAUGCACAAACUGGAUCACGGAUUUCAAGCACAGCAGCGCCAAGUGGUUUUUCUUGUUGAUUUUCUCCCAGCUCACACAGAAGUAAAGAACCUGAAGUCUGUCAAAUUAGUGUUCUUUCCUCCAGACUCUUCUUCAUGUAUAGCUAUGAAAGAAAGGAUUAUCAAAACUCUGAAGGUAAAAUACAGGCGCUGUCUUAUCAAGAGAUUUGUUGACUGCGUAGAAAGUAAUAAAGAGUUUAUGCUGACCCUUCUUGAUGCAAUUGAGAUGCUGUACCUGUGCUGGAGGGAAGUAACACCAGAGACUAUUGCAAAAAGUUGCAAUGGAGCAACUUUCAAAUUAGAAACUGAGACAAAUGAAAAUGACAAUGAAGUUGAAAGUGAUUUUGAUUUGAUUGCACAUGCACGGGCAGCUGGGGUAGAGUUUCCAGAAGGCUUGUCUCUGGAAGAAUAUGCAGCUAUAGAUGAUGGCUUGGUAACUUAUGAAGUGCCUACAAAUAGUGAAAGGAUGUGUGCCAAAGAAAGUGCAUCAGAUAAAGCUGAGACAUUUGUUGGUGAUGAAGAUAAGGAUGAAGGCAGUCAACUACAGGGAGCUGAACAGCUUUUACCAUCCAAAAAUGAGGCUUUGAGUGCUUUAGAUACUCUUCGAAAGUUUCUCAGAAGUCAGGACACAGAUGAUUCUCUUUAUGAUUCCCUAGCUGACUUGGAGGAUUUUAUUCAACAUGUAGCAUGUGAAUAAAUAUUUUAGCAAAGUGGGAAAGCAUGUAAUUGGAAAAAAAAAUUAUAUAAUCAAAGAUAGUUUAAAAACAAGCAUUGCUGAAAUGUUCUCUGGUAUGUUUUGCUCAGGUGCCUAGAUGAACAUAACAAAACAAUGAAAAAAGGGCUGUGAACUGAAAUUUUCCACAAAAUCAGGAGCAAAUAACAUAUGUUUGAGGUGGAGAGAGGGAAUGAGCUGAACCCUUAAAAUGCUAACUGUAAUAAGUACAAUGGAGGCAAAAGAAAUUCUUUCAGCAGUUUGAUGCACUCAGGAUAAACUGUUGACCACUUGGAAUUCUUUCUUCAAAAAGAGACUAGCACUUCUAGACAUCAAUAAUUUCACUGGUGUUUUCAGAGUUUUGACAGUGGAGUAGUAAAUAUUUAUCACUUUGGUGCUUUUGAUACAUAAACACAAAAUUGAAUAACAUGGAAAAUACAUGUUUAAAUUCUGAGAAGUAAGGCAUUUUAAAAAGAAAUAUUCUUGGCCCCUUAUCAGGAAUUUUGGCCAUCUUUGCUUUUGCAGCAGAUGAUGAACAGCAGAAAGUU